UUUUCUUCUUCUUCUUUUUUUGGUCCCGCAGACAAGAGAGAUCAUGCGGAGAUCGAAAUUGGAGACGAGGCACGUGACAGAGAGAAUCACAGCUCAUUUUAGUCAAGGUUUGUCCGUCGCUAAUUAAAUGUUAGCUGCAUUCAUCAAUGAGAGUAUGGUCAGAUGACAGACACGCGUGCUGCCAACCUCAGCUCUCAUUUAUAAACUGAGACGGACGAUGAUGGACGUCGUAAAGCAUAUCGAGCGUCAAGAAACGACCAUCCAAAAACUUCCUCCAUUUUAAAUAUAAGAUUUCAAAGCUCAAAGAAAACCCACAUUCUCGUAUUGAGUAAAGAUCAAACAGACAAGAACAGAGGAGAAAUCUCCUCAGUAUGAGCUCCCUGCAUGGUUUCCAAGGUUGGUUGAAUUGGGUUUGUGAGGGAGAGAUCGGUUCUGGAUCUUUAUGCACUCAGAGAAGCCUGCUUGAUGUUUUGAAUGUCGGGUUUGUUCUUGUUUUCUGUUCGGGUUCGGUUAUAUCAUCCUUUAGAGGACAAAACGCUAGUAGUGGAACAAGAACUAGGGAUUGGGACUGUGUCAUUGUUUCGCUCCUUUGUGCAGCGACUGGUGCAGCGCAUUUUGGUGUUGGAUUUUGGGCCCUUUUUAGUCGCGGAAGCAGCGGCUAUGAAAACGGAGAUUGGUUGAUUUGCUCCGUUAGGGGCCUGAUAUGGGUUCUUUUGAUGGUUUCUUUGAUCGUUGCGCCACCAAAAUGGAUAAGAGUUGUGAUUUUGUUAUGGUGGAUCUUGUUUGCUCUCUUCACCUCUGCGUUUUACGUCGAAAUGCUCGUAAGAGGUGAUGUUCUUCAAACUUUGGACAUGGUUUCAUGGCCUGUAAGUUUGUUGCUUCUCUUCCACGCCAUAAAACUUGCUUGCAAAACCAGGUUCAAUGGAGAUUGUUCGGGUGAUAGUUUAUCCGAGCCCCUACUGAUCGAAGAAAAAGAUAGGGCAGCAAAACUGGAGGAAGCUAGUGUAAUUAGUCGCUUGACGUUUUCUUGGUUAAAUCCCUUGUUGAGGUUAGGUUCGUCCAGACCUUUAGUACUUGAUGAUAUUCCUCGUCUAGAUUCUGAAGACGAGGCGAAUAAAGCCUACGAAACGUUCUUGAGAGAGUGGGAUACUGCAAAAAAGGGCAAAGAUAAGAGUAGUAACUUGGUCCUCUUAGCUUUAGCUAAAUGUUAUAAAAAGGAAAUGCUGUUGGUUGGGCUCUAUGCGUUUCUCAAGACAAUAUCGGUUUCAUCUUCUCCUGUGUUGCUCUACGCAUUUGUUUCGUAUUCUAGCCUCGAGGAGAGAGAUUUGAAUAAAGGGCUAAUUUUGGUUGGUUGUUUGUUGGUAACCAAGGUUGUAGAGUCUUUAUCUCAAAGGCAUUGGUUCUUUGAUUCAAGAAGAUACGGGAUGAGGAUGCGAUCGGCUCUAAUGGCUGCUGUCUAUCACAAACAGUUGAAGCUUUCAAGUGUCGGGAGAAGAAAACAUUCAACAGGAGAGGUUGUAAAUUAUAUUGCAGUUGAUGCUUAUAGGCUCGGAGAUUUUCUUUGGUGGUUUCAUAUGGCUUGGAGUCUACCCCUCCAACUUCUAUUUGCGGUACUUAUACUCUUUGGCACUGUAGGAUUAGGCGCGAUCCCGGGUUUAGUUCCUCUAAUUGUGUGUGGGAUCUUAAACGUCCCCAUUGCCAAACUCCUUAAGAACUAUCAAUCAGAGUUUAUGGUCGCUCAAGAUGGAAGGCUAAGAGCUACAUCUGAAGCUUUGAACAAUAUGAAAAUCAUCAAGCUACAAUCAUGGGAAGAUAAGUUCAGGAGCACAAUAGAGUCGCUCAGAAAUGUCGAAUUCAGAUGGUUGAAAGACACCCAAAUACUCAAAGCUUAUGGAACCGGGUUGUACUGGAUGUCGCCGACGGUCGUUUCUGCAGUAAUUUUUGCUGGCACUGCAGUUAUGCAGAGUGCUCCUUUAAACGCUACAUCAAUCUUUACAGUUCUAGCAACCUUGAGAAUAAUGUCAGAGCCGGUAAGAACUUUGCCAGAGGUCUUAACGGUGAUGAUCCAGGUCAAGGUAUCAUUAGACCGUAUCGGUGUCUUCUUGCAAGAAGAUGAGAUCAAAGAAGAGGAUGUGAAGAGAUAUCCCCUGAAUAAUGUGGAUUUAAGUGUCGAAGUGCAAAAUGGAAAUUUUAGUUGGGAUCCCGAUGUAACGGUUCCGACGUUGAGGAGCGUAAGCUUGAGGAUAAGAAGAGGUGAGAAGGUUGCAAUUUGUGGACCGGUUGGUGCUGGCAAGUCUUCGCUCUUAUAUGCCAUGCUCGGAGAGAUUCCUAAAAUCUCAGGAUCUGUUGAUGUGUUUGGCUCCACAGCCUAUGUUUCACAAACAUCUUGGAUACAAAGCGGGACUAUACGAGGUAAUAUACUUUAUGGGAAACCAAUGAAUAAGGAGAACUAUGAGAAGGCCAUUCGAUGUUGUGCUCUUGAUAAGGACAUCGAGAGCUUUGAUCAUGGAGACCUCACAGAGAUAGGUCAGAGAGGUCUAAAUAUGAGUGGGGGCCAAAAGCAGCGGAUUCAGCUAGCACGAGCAGUAUACAAUGAUGCUGAUACUUACAUUCUUGAUGACCCUUUUAGUGCUGUAGAUGCACAUACCGCAGCAACUCUCUUCCAUGAUUGUGUGAUGACCGCUUUAGGAAAGAAGACAGUCAUUCUGGUCACUCAUCAAGUAGAAUUUCUUGCUGAAACUGAUAGAAUUCUGGUUAUGGAGAGUGGGCAAAUCACACAAAAUGGAACAUAUAACGAGCUUUUCAAGGCUGGAACAGCAUUUGAGCAACUUGUCAGUGCUCAUGAAUCAUCAAUGACCAUGUUGGAUUCUUUGAAUCAACAGAAGGAAGACCAGACACAGGGAAAUGUUGUUUUUGUUAAUAAUAAAGGGAUUAGUCUAUUACCCACUAAACAAGAUAGUGAAGGAGAGAUUUCAAUUAGAAAGCAGUCGAUAGUCCAGCUCACAGAAGAAGAAGAGAAGGAGAUUGGGAACGUUGGAUUAAAACCAUAUAGAGAUUAUUUUCAUGUAUCGAAGGGUUAUUUUUUACUUGUUUUGGUUAUCAUCACUCAGUCUGCUUUUGUCAUUCUUCAGACAAUGUCAACAUAUUGGUUAGCUGUAGCUGUUCAGAUGUUUCAUAUUGGUAAUGGCAUUUUGGUUGGAGUCUAUGCGGCAAUUUCAUUUCUUAGCUGCUGUUGUGCUUUGCUUAGAAGUUGGAUAUCAGCGCAUCUGGGAUUGAAGGCCUCAAAGCAAUUCUUUUCUGGUUUCAUGGAUUCGGUGUUUAAGGCUCCGAUGUCCUUUUUUGACUCAACUCCUGUUGGAAGGAUCUUAACCCGGGCUUCUUCAGAUAUGAGUAUUUUAGACUUUGACAUACCAUACUCCAUUGCCUUUGUGAUUGCACCUGCUAUUGAAAUGAUAGCAAUUAUAAUGGUAAUGGCUGCAGUGACAUGGCAGGUUCUUGUUGUAGCAAUUCCAGUUCUGAUUAUAAUGGUGUAUUUUCAGAACUAUUAUCUAGCAUCGGCAAGGGAGCUGGUAAGAAUAAAUGGAACAACAAAGGCACCAGUUAUGAAUUAUGCUGCGGAGUCAAUGCUUGGUGCGGUAACCAUAAGGGCUUUUGCAAUGAUGGACAGAUUUUUUAGUACCAAUCUAAAGCUCAUCGACAUGGAUGCAACAUUAUUUUUUCAUACAAUUGCUGCCUUGGAGUGGAUUCUUAUAAGAGUAGAGACGCUUCAAAAUUUGACAUUGGUUACUUCAACUCUCUUUCUUGUUUUGAUUCCUCAAAGAUACAUUUCACCAGGAUUUGCUGGUCUCAGUCUUUCCUAUUCUCUUACUCUUUCUUCCACCCAAGUGUUUUUCACUAGGUGGUACUCGAACUUAGAGAAUUUCAUCAUUUCUGUUGAGAGAAUCAAACAGUUUAUGCAUAUUCCAUCAGAGCCUCCUGCAGUCAUUGAUAAGAACAGGCCACCGCCUUCAUGGCCUCAUGAAGGCAAAGUAGAUUUAAUCGAUCUAAAAGUGAAAUAUCGUUCAAAUACUCCCUUGGUUCUAAAAGGGAUUACAUGCACUUUUGCACCAGGAAACAAGAUUGGAGUUGUAGGAAGGACCGGAAGUGGGAAGACCACCCUAAUAAGCUCUCUAUUUCGUCUUGUAGACCCUUCAGAUGGAAGAAUCCUUGUUGAUGAGCUUGAUAUAUGUUCCAUAGGUCUAAAGGACCUCAGGUUGAAACUAAGUAUUAUUCCUCAAGAACCAACUCUUUUUCGAGGCAGUGUAAGGAGUAACUUGGACCCUCUCGGGCUUUACACCGACCAUGAGAUAUGGGAGGCAUUAGACAAGUGCCAGUUGAAGGAAACCAUUAGCAGUCUUCCCGCUCUUCUUGAUUCAACUGUUAGCGAUGAUGGAGAGAACUGGAGUGCUGGACAAAGGCAGCUCUUCUGCCUUGGCCGUGUUCUCCUACGAAAGAACAAAAUUCUUGUUCUCGACGAAGCAACUGCCUCCAUUGAUUCUGCAACUGAUGCCAUCCUUCAGAGUAUUAUCAGGAAGGAGUUCUCUAAUUGCACCGUCAUAACCAUAGCUCAUAGAGUUCCGACGGUUUUGGAUAGUGACAUGGUCUUGGUACUUUCUUAUGGGAAACUCGUGGAAUAUGACAACCCUUCAAAACUGAUGGAAACCAAAGAUUCCGCCUUCGCCAAGCUCGUGGUAGAGUACUGGUCAAACUGUAGGAGGAAUUCUACUAAUAAUCUUUCAGCAAUGUAAAAGAUUACAGGAAAGUGUGGUUUUUAUGCGUGUUAUAAGAAAAUAUCGGAUAUCCUGUUUCUGCAAAAAUAAAAUUCUAACGGUACAUC